AUGGCUGACAUGGAGCCAGCUGCGAAAGGAGUUGUUAGGAGAGGAGCUUUACGCCAAAAGAAUGUACAUGAAGUGAAAAAUCAUAAAUUUUUAGCUAGAUUUUUCAAGCAACCAACUUUCUGCAGUCAUUGCAAGGAUUUUAUUUGGGGAUUUGGCAAGCAGGGAUUUCAGUGCCAAGUGUGCAGUCUUGUCGUUCACAAAAGAUGCCAUGAAUUCGUCUGCUUCGCCUGCCCAGGCGCCGACAAUGGACCCGAUUCAGAU